AUGAUUGACCCAUGUGGAUUUUGCAGACAGUCAGGCCAUCCGGUGAAACUUGUCAAGCAAAAAAGAACAUUUCAGCCACAAUCCUCAUGUCCCCAGGCAAUAUCGUUCAGUCUUGGGGCAGCCACAAACAGCUCAAAGGCAUCCCCAUCCACAAAUGCACCAAUUUGGUGUCAACUAUGCCCAGUGUCAUCAGGUGAUCGCGCCGUCUUCUGGAAAUACAAUGUUCACCAACAUGUCACCAGUUCUCAUGACACUUCAUAUGAAUCCCUUCCGGCUGGCUUCACGAAAGAAAUUGAAAUUUCACAGCUUGAAAAGGAAUGCCUCGGGAUACCACUGGAUUUGAUUGACAACAGUGUUCAGGAUGACUUGAAUGCAACUGCUGUGGCUAGUACUAGUCAAAACUCGUUAACGAAGUGCAGGCGUCAAAACUUCAAGGCAACACUGGUUCCAAGCGCUCAAAGAAGGUUUAAAUUUUAA